CUCUCUCUCUCUUUUUCACACACACACACACACACACACACACAUACGCACACACAGUUACUGAUCUUCGUUUGGACACGGGCUCGGAAGACUUGGACAAGUUACUUAUUAACACUUUGUUUGAGGUUGUAACUAGCGAAAGCAGAAGCUCACCUUUCAUUCUAUUUAUGAAAGAUGCUGAAAAGUGUAUGGUUGAAGAUUCAGAGGCUAAGAGGAAUCUGUGCACUCAGCAGGAUUUUCCCUACAUGAAUCCUUGAUUCAGUGUAGUUAGUGGUACAUGUAUUGGGUUGGAGCUCUAUCAGGGGUUAAUACAUUCCCUGUUUUUCACCUCUUUUUUCCCCCACAUCACUAUCAAUUUGCUUGAAUUAAUUGCAGUAGUAUCGCAGUUAGUGACCUUUUUGCAAUCCUGCUGUCAGGUUCGAACUGGACAUGUUGUUAGAGUCUGUGAAUGGAACAACCAAGCGUGUAGAAGAACUAUUGGAAAAAAUCAACAAUGAUACAUUGAAAACAGAUGAUCCAAUUCGUAUCAAGGAACACUUCACAGCACUGAAUCUCAGGUGCAUUGAACGUUUAUAUGGUGACCAUGGGCUUGAUGUGAUGGAUGUGUUGAAGAAGAAUCUUCUUGCUUUGCCAGUUAUACUAACGCGCUUGAAGCAGAAACAAGAGUGGGCUAGGUGUCGUUCUGAUUUUAAUGAAGUCUGGGCUGAAAUUUAUUCUAAGAGCUAUCACAUAUCACUUGACCAUCGUAGCUUCUAUUACAAGCAACAGGACACAAAUUCAAGGAAAUGGUUUCACAUGUUGAGCAGAAUAUCAGAGGCACUGGCCGUGGUGCAUGGGCAGAUGGUGGGAAUAAGCUUGCUCCACUUCCAGCCUAUGGAAAUGAGUCAGAUGUGUUAUGUUUUGACAAUGCUGGUGCUUGGAGUGGUGAAUUGGGUUGUGCUGCCAGCGAGAGUAGUACACUGGUGAAGAGUUAAGGAAUGUUGUGGGUGAUUCUAAGUCUGCAGGGCCUAUCUCUAUCGUGGUAGUCAAAGUUUAUCAUUCCUGAUCAUUUCAUAUGUAGUAUUACUGUGACAUAGCUUUGGAAGUAAGAGCUUGGAUGCCUUUGGCAUUUUGGUGGAUGUAAAGGGGGAAAACCUGUGUCGUGAUCAAGUGGUGGUUGGUUGUCAAAAUGUUUAGGGUUGGGUGGCAAUGACUGAUGCUUGUCUUUUUUGUUUGAUCGAGUCUGUUGGAUUUUUUGAAUCGA